AUGGAGGCUGCUGGCGUCAAGACGGGUGAUCGGGUCGCAGGCUACCUUGCCAAUCACGCCAAUACGGUCAUCGCGAUGCUGGCUGCUACAUCGUUGGGAGCACUCUGGACAGGCGUCAGUCCUGACACUGGUGUCCAAGCUGUGCUAGAUCGGCUCACGCAGAUCGAGCCGGUCUUGAUCUUCGCGGACAACUGUGUGGCUUAUAACAUGAAGAACCAUCCAACACACGUAAAAGUCAGCGAGGUAGUCUCAAAACUACCCAGCUUGAAGGACAUCGUCAUCUUCGAGACGAUACCUGGCCAGGACUUCGACAUCUCCUCGUUGAAGACACCCGGCAAUGCGAAAGCUCAGGCAUUUAAAGAUUUUCUCGCCCCCGGCGACUCGGCAAGAAAACUGACCUUCAAGCCUCUACCUCCAGAUCAUCCAGUCUACAUCCUCUACUCCAGCGGUACAACUGGCACACCCAAAGGAAUCGUCCAUGGCGCCCUGGGCACACUUCUCCAACACAAGAAAGAGCAUCAGCUGCAAUGCGACAUUCUACCGGCGAGCGAGUCUUCUACUUCACAACAUCUGGAGAUCCAGCACUUUGGAACGAGCGCGAAGUAUCUGAGUGUGUUGGAACAGGCGGGAACAGAGCCCCGGACAGCACAGCCCAAGAGCGCAACCUUGGAGACGCUGAAAAGCAUCUUCAGCACUGGCAGUCCAUUGGCGCCAAGCACUUUCCAGUACGUGUACGACAAACUUGCUCCCAAGAAAGGCCUGCUGCUCGGUCGAUCACUGGCGGCACGGAUAUCGGUAGUGUCCCUAUUCGGCGCACCCUCACCCCUCCUCCCCGUCCACCGCGGCGAGAUUCAAUGCCGCGGCCUCGGCAUGGCCGUACACACCUUCGACGCCUCCGGCAAAGACAUCACCUCCUCCGGCCAGCCUGGCGAGCUCGUCUGCACUGUCCCCUUCCCGUGUCAGCCCGUCAUGUUUUGGCCUCCCGGCCCCGCUGGUGAGAAGCGCUACAAGGGUAGCUAUUUCGAGACAUUCGAGGUGGACGGAAAGCGCAUCUGGCAUCAUGGAGACUUUGUGCGCUUCAACCCCAAAACGGGUGGGAUACACAUGCUGGGGCGCUCGGAUGGUGUGCUGAACCGAGUGGAGGAUGCGCUGUGUAUAGGGCGGAAACGGGAAGCUGAUCCGGAUGAGGUUGUGGUGCUGUUUGUGAAGAUGGCGCAGGGGCAGGAGUUUAGUCAGGAGUUGGUCAAGGGGAUUCAGAGUGUGGUGAGGAAGGAGCUGAGCGCGAGGCAUGUGCCGGCUGUGAUUGAGGAGACCCCUGAGAUUCCGUAUACCAUGAAUGGGAAGAAGGUUGAGGGUGCGGUGAAGCAGAUUCUGUGCGGAUUGAAUAUCAAGACGAGUGCGAGCGUGGCGAAUGCGGAGUGUUUGGAGUUUUAUAGGAGGUGGGCGGCGGAGCACUGA